UUAUCUGUCCGUGUCCAUUGUAAAUUCGUAAAAAAGGCAAAGAUUGUGAACAAGAUCGGUUUAAUGAUUUUCGUGUGUGAGUAAUAAUUAUUCAUCGUAACAUCUUUACCUAGUUAUCUAAUUGGAAAAUAGAAGUUGAAAUAUGGACAAAAGGAAAUUAUCAACUGCGGGCGAUAGCCUGUAUCAAAUACUGCAGGUACCCAAAACUGCAACCGCCGAUGAUGUCAAAAAAAGUUAUCGUAAAUUAGCAUUGAAAUAUCACCCGGAUAAAAACUCAAAUAAUCCAGUGGCAGCGGAAAAGUUUAAAGAGGUGAAUCGUGCUCACAAAAUAUUAAGUGACGCUACAAAGAGAAAUAUCUAUGACAACUAUGGCUCCCUCGGAUUAUACAUAGCUGAGCAAUUUGGAGAAGAAAAUGUCAACUUCUACUUCACUGUAACUAGUCCUUGGUGCAAAGCCCUUCUCGUUAUUUGUUGUAUUUUGACGGGAUGUUACUGCUGCUGCUGUCUUUGCUGUUGUUGUAACUGCUGCUGUAACAAAUGUAAACCGCGACCACCAGAAGAGUCUGGUGAUUACCAUACUCUUGAACGUGACGAUUCAGACGGGAUACAUCCGGUGACGAUGCAGCCAGGUGGUGAAGGUCGUCCGUCCGGUGAACAGGCGCCACCCAUCGCCAUGCCGGCGCCGGCUCCGGGCGUAUCCGAAAACACGGGUCUCAACACAGGGAGCAGUAUUCCAAAAUACACAUGAAGUAUUUACAGCUAGUCUAACGUUAAUUGUAAGAGAAAUGAGGAACUGACUACUUAUAACCACCAACAUGCCAGCUUCUUACAGUUGUAAGCGUAAAAUAAUUUUAUGUUUACGUUUUUUUUUUUAUAAUUGUUUAUUUAAGUAUUGGUUUAAUGUUAUUUGUUAUUUAAUACUUACUAGUUUAAAAUCUGUGCCAUCGUUCGCGGCAAUUUUAUGGCAAAGAUAGUUAACUACGCUAUGAGCCUUUUUGAAUUUUAUGUUUUUGUACACCUUUUUUUUGUUAUUUUGGUAAUUAAAACGUUAGUAAAUAUUAUAAUAAAAAAAUGGCCAGGUUUGAAUAUAACAAAACUCAUAAUUUUAAUUAAUUUAAUAUAAUAUUUAUCGUUUGUAACCUGUUUUAUCCUGCGUUAUUUAAAAAUAAAGAACUACGAAUUUGAAGUUAAAAGAAUAGGGCUUUGGAAUACUGCCACUUUUUAGACUCGGCCUAGUUUCUUUGCCUUGUUAUUUAUUGAUUCCAUUUUAAGGUCAAGUAUUCACAAAUGAGAUAUUACUAAAAUAAUACUGCUAAUAUAAUAAUAUUACAAUUAUUAUAAUUCAUUGAACACAUGAUAUAAAAAUAAUGUAUAUUGGCACAUUAAAAAAUUGCUUU